AUGAGCUCUGUUACUAAUUCUGCUGUCUCUGCAGUUUCCUCAGCAAUAACUUCAGCUGCCAAAAACACCGAAACUAUUAAUUCACUAUCGAGUGCAUUUGAUUAUAUUCUAGAUAUUUAUUUAGAUUUAUUCGAAUCAAUUAACUUCGAUGAUCAAAAUUUGAAGAUUAGUCUGUUACUCGUUGCCUUUAAUCCCAUCUUCUGGAAUCUAGUUGCCCGUUUAGAAUUUUCUACUCAUUUUUUAACAAAAUUAGCUGGUAAUGCAAAGAGAGGUUGUUACAUUUUAGCAUUUACUAUCUUUUCAUUAGGUAUUGCUCGUGAUUACUUUUUUGAACAAGCAUUAAAAAAUCAAUUCACUUCUCCAUAUUUAGAACAUACUUACGUUAAGAUUGCCGGUGUUGUCAGUUUCUUAAUUGGCCAGGUUUUAGUCAUUUCGUCUAUGUACCAGUUAGGUAUCACUGGUACAUACUUAGGUGAUUAUUUCGGCAUUUUGAUGGAUGAAAGAGUUGUUUCUUUCCCAUUCAACGUCUCCAAUAACCCAAUGUACCAAGGUUCCACUUUAUCUUUCUUAGGUACCUCUUUGGUUUAUGGUAAGGCCGCUGGUUUACUUGUUACAUUUACCGUCUAUACUAUGUACUCCUGUGCAUUAAAAUUGGAAGAACCAUUCACUAGUCAUAUUUAUGCACUACGUGAUGAAGGUAAAACUAAGAAGAACAACUAA